AAGAAUGUUGCAGCCUAUGGCACUGUAGCUAAUAUCCCUGGUGGAUGUCGCCUUCCGGCGUGCAUUGGAUAAAGAUUGUUAAACAAAUGUAUUUCCAUAGGAGCAGUUCACACCAGCAGGGGCGGACUGACAACUCAUGGGGCCCCCAGGCAAUAGGGGAUCAUGGGGCCCCUGUGUCCUUGCCCAAACUCAAAAAAGCCUAUGAAAAAGGUACCAGGGGCAUCUCAUGGGGCCCCCUACUGACCCCGGGCCCUCGGGCAGUGCCCGAGUUUCCAAAUGGUCAGUCCGCCCCUGCACACUAGUGAGAUGCACUGAUGUGCACUGCUCUGUGC